ACUAUCACAAUAACAUAGGCUGCUUAUUUCGAGUUUUUUUUUUAUUUUAGUGGAUUAUUUUGUGCGUUUAAUGUUUCCAUUCUAACUUAUUCGACACCGUAUCAAGCUGCAUCGCUUGCAUGUUGUGACUCGAACUCGACUUACGUCAUUUCACAGAUGCCUACUUAGCAAAAAUAGCAUAUCUAAACGAUGGCUUCGCUUGCUAAGAAAGCGAAGACCGCCUCUACUUUGCCUGUUUGUCCUUAUGGUGCCAGAUGCUAUCGAAAACAUCCACAGCAUUUAAAAGAUUUCAGGCACGAUACCAAAGAUGAUGGCGAGGUGGCAGGAAGCAGUGGAUCAAAAGUUUCGGCUUCGAGAACUGAUGCGUUAUCUACCAUCGACUCGUCUAACCUUCCAUUCUGUAAAUAUGGGGCAUCUUGUUAUAGGAAAAACCUGUUACAUUUCGCAGAAUUUACUCAUCCUACAACAGUAGUAUCGAAGAUAAAAAACGACGAUGACAGUGAUACGGACGAACUUUCUGAUUCGGAGGAUGAAAAGAAAGGUAAGAAAGGUGAGGUGAAGACAGAUGACAUUUUAAAGAGGGGCAUGUCACUGGUGAAGAGUUACUCAAAGAUGUCGGAGGCAGAGAGGAAAGAGCUCAUCAAGAAGGCAUUUGAAGCCAAACUGAAGCUUCAGAAAGAACUCAAAGAAACACAGGAUGAGAUGAAAAGUAAAGACAAGAAACUUCAGAAGCUUCAAGAUCAGGUCAGUACAGGUUUGCUGCUGGUGGAGGGAGAGAAGGAAGCCUUGGAAGGGAAAAAGACUGUGUACUUCACACUGCAGGCUGAACGAUCCUACAAGGAAGGGUCUGCUGACCAAACUCAUUUCCGACUUGCAGAGUCUCAGUUUUACCGACUCCUUAGUGGCCCCAGUGUAGGAUAUCGUGUCAGCAAGGUAGAUUAUGCAGUUAAUCCCAACUUAGUGAAAAAAUUCAAAUCUGCCCGUGAGGAUUUGAAAAAGCAUCGAGGGGCAGACAAGUCCUUCCCAGUCCUAGCCUUUCAUGGGACAGAUAUGAAAAACAUUAAACCUAUCUGUGAGACUGGAUUCAAAGUGCCAGGAGACACUGGUUUUACUCACAAGACUGACACAGGAUAUUAUGGAAAAGGUGUAUACUUCAGUGAGUUUCCAUCAUAUUCAAUGAGCUACAUCCAUGGGGCUACCAAACUACUGCUGUGUCAGGUCCUACCUGGGAAGGUUUUCCAGUGUACCAAACUCAUCCACGGGUCCGCCCUCCAGAAGGGACAUGAUUCUCACACUUCGCCAGACAAAAUGGAGUUAGUUAUAUUCAACGGCAAUCACAUCCUUCCAUCGUACAUUGUACAUUACGAAAAUGCCAGUACUAAUUUCACAUACAAACCUACUGGCGGUACCUCUGACAUGUUUGACCCAAUGAAGAUAGCAGAAGGUUACGGUGCUAUUGCUAGUUCCAAGGCUUCAAAGACCUUCAAACACGAACAGAUCAUGUUUUCUGGAAUGUUUCAACUACCACAAAACCAAAUGCUGGAGCUAGUAAAAAUGCAUGGAUCAGAAAAAGCCACACCAAAGGUUUUCAGUAUACUGGUAGCAACUCCAAAUGAAUUUACGACGAAAACUAAUAAAGUGCAGCAGGCAGUUCGUAAAGGGUUACCUGUUGUUGGAGAAUUGUUCGUGUACGACUGUAUCAAAGCCCGCAAACUGAAGCCCACAGCACCAUAUGAAUUUACUGACUAGAUGUGAACGUGUUGUUUGAGUAUCCAUUCACAAAUACCCCAUUCUUUAAAUGUCUUCAUCGUCUAAACAGACGGCUUAUUGGGAUGGAGUCGAGUCUGUUAGAUGUGACAGUUGUAUGUUUGAAAUUAGAUGUCAUAUGAGUGAUAAAGCUCCAUGUGGGGAUAUGAUUUUUAAUGGGGACAUAGUGAGGGAAGUGGUAUGGUAUCUGAUGCAGGAUAUCUGUGUAAUACAAUGUACGUUGUAUCAGGUGUGUUAUCUAUGGAUAUCGUUUCUCUAGGGAUAGGGUUGGGGUUUAAGUAGGAAUGUUGUGUAGGGGUGGGUGGGUUUGCUUUGUAAGGAUAAAUGUAGGGGUUGGGGCUGUGUUGUUAUGAAGGGGUUUGAGUAUGUUUGUUGUGUGGGAAUUCGGGAGUUUGGGCAACGCAGUUGAAUAGGGCUUGAUAUAGGGAUAUAUUGUUGGGGUUAGAAUUGGAGAUUGUUUUAGAUGUUGUGUUAUUGUGAAUUGGAAAAUAUUUUCUAAAUGACACGAUGCAUUUGUAUUAAGAUUAAAAAUAACACUGCCAAUUGUUUAAUUUGCAUUGAUAUCUAUCCCCUACAUAUGUAUUUUAUAGAGAUACUCUAUUCACAAUAAUCGGGAAUUUUGCAGAUGAAUUUGUUGUAUUUAAUGUACUUGUAGACCUGUUUGUUAAGUGAUUUCCUUUAUAGUAUUUACAUACCACUAUAUGUGAAUUAACAUUGUCAAUAUUACUCCAGUAAACCUAAAUUCCACAACGUUACACACCCUGCUGAGACGUAAAACGACGUUGUACCUAAUGUUUAGCUAUAUGGAAUUGUGAAGUUAGUGAUAACACAAUAGACAUGACAUUCUGUUACUGUUCUGUUGCAAUAAAAGCAACUGAGAUAUUUUUCGGGAAUAUUUGCGUAAAUUCCUGAUAAAGUGGUUUGGUUACAUAUCAGGAUAUUUAUUAAACAUUUCUUUUAAACUUGGCAUAUACUUGCUACUAGAGCCUUCUGGAUUGUGGCAUCAUUCAGAUUUGUUUUAACGGUUCUGCACAUUUUACAUACAUAGAUGUGAAGUCUCUUCAUUUUGUAAAGAGACUCAUUUUUUACUGCAAUUUCCUUUAAAAUAUGCAGAAUUAAAAAAAAUGCUUGUUUCUUAAACUCUUUUUAAAAUUUUAAAAGCAGAAAAGC